AUGGAUGUUCUGAAAGGCAGUUCAAUUCUACCAGUGGAAGUACAUCUCAUAAGAGAUGAGAUCGCCAGACAAAUACAGCAAUUUGGAAUGGAUAAAUUAACAAGUCGAAUAAUACGAGAGAACUUGAAGCAUACUUUUGGUUCUGACUUUUCUGCUCAUAAAGCAGCCAUCGAUGAAAUAACAAUGGAUGUGAUUAAAAGAAACAACGAUGAAAAAGUGAAGAGAAAGGCCAACAGCAGUUCAAAGUCCUGUAAUUCAGAUUCAGAGUCUGAGGACGGAAUUGUAUUUACAGAUCCCACCCCAAAAAAAAAGAUUAAGGAAGCAAGAAAACGGAAGGACUCAGAAUCAGAUGCUCAAUUACUAGAAGUGGGACAGAAAAGACGAAGAGCGGCGGUAGCAGCUAAACAAUGUACUCGUAAAAAAAGUAAAGGAAGUGGUGAGGGUAAAUCGAAAUCAGGACGAAGGAAGGGUCCAUAUAAUGUUUACUGCGCAUUAACAGAUGACUUAGCUGCAGUAUGUGGCAAACAGUAUAUGCGACGUUGCGACGUAAUCAAAGCAAUGUGGGCUUAUUUUCGAAGCAACAAUUUACUUGAUCCAAAAGAUAAAAGAUAUGUAUUACCAAAUGAACCUCUUAUGAAAAUUUUCAAGAGACGUUUUCUCGCUUUUGGUUUAAUGAAAGAUCUCGCUUCUCACAUUAUUGAACCGAAGUUUUUGGAUCAAGAGCAGCGAGCUGCUCUAGAAAAAUUCGAAGCCGAAGAAGAGGCACGUUUGGAAGCUGAGAGUGAAAGUAGUAAUACAAAUGACAAUGAGCAGCAAAAGCAAAAAUGUGUUAGUGCCAAAGACAUUGCGACUGAAGAGAAGGAUGAUGAGGAUAGCGAGGUGUAA